AUGGAAGCGCCCGAAACGGUGUCGGAAGGCCUCGUCCAGGUGAGCAGCCGCUCUCUGGACGGGAAGCCGCUGUUUUACAACCCUCCGCAAGUGUUCAAUCGCGAUAUUUCGCUAAUAGUGUUGAAAACGUUCGUGGAAUCCGAGAAGGAGCGCGCGAAAGAAUGCCGCUCGUCAACGGGCGAAAGCAGAGUUGGAGCCUUUGUGGGCGUCAACGUUCUAGAGAUGCUUGCAGCAACUGGGAUCAGGAGCAUUCGUUACCUGAAGGAGUUGGGAGACUACGUCAACCACAUCUACAUUAAUGACCUGGACCACAACUCCGCCCGUGCAAUCGCGAAAAACUGCGACUUCAACGGGAUACCCCCGUCCAAGUACCGCGCAAUAUGUGCUGACGGCAACCAGCUGGCGCAGAUGCUGACACCGCCCGCCGACAUCCUGCGCCUCAUGCUGAUGAACGGCAAUAUCCAGAAGAUCCCCUGCGGUUUCGUUCCAUCGAAGACAUUCAGCGCAAUGGACGCCUACAACAGUACGGUUGAGCGGUUUUUGGCCGUUAUUGCGGCCAGCGAAUGCAGCGAGGACGUUACCCGAUAUCGCAACGUCAUCGACGUCAUUGACAUUGACCCCUACUCCACGGCCACGGUCUUCCUCGACUCAGCAGUGCGCUGCGUGAAGAGCGGGGGGAUGUUGAUGGUGACGUCCACAGACAUGCCCACCCUCUGCGGCAACAACCCCUUGGUCUCGUUUUACAAGUACGGGGGCUCGAGCAUCAAGGCCACAUUCUGCCACGAACUCUCGCUCAGGAUUCUGCUCUACACCGUGAUGACAACCGCAGCCAAAUACCAGCGGGUGGUGGAACCGCUGAUUUCGUGCAGCGCGGACUUCUACGUCAGGGUGUUCGUGCGGGUCAGCAACAACGUGCAGCAGUGCAAGCACCUCAGCGAAAACUGCGCCCUGUUGCUCAUGUGCGCGCAGUGCGACUCGUUCCGGCUGCUUAAACUGGGCGAAUACAGCGAACCCAAGCAGCGGCCGGCGUCAGUGCCGGGCGACCUCCGUGGAACGUGCGAGGAGUGCAACGGACGUUUGAAGAUCGGCGGCCCGCUCUACGUCGGACCCAUACACAACAGGCAGUUCGUUUCGGCAGCGCUAAAGAACGCCACCGAGGCGCAUGAAUCGCUGCCAGGGGUUACCCAAAAUGCCAAAAUCAUAGGCAUCUUAACGGCCAUUUCCGAGGAGCUUGAAGACACCCCGCUGCACUACAGCAUUCCGUGCCUGUGCCAGAAGUGGAAUCUGACCACGAUCAGCCCGUCCGCAUUCAAGGCAUGCCUCGAGAAGCUGGGCUACCGAGCGUCGCACUUCCACCGCGAUCCGCAGUCGCUGAAGACGGACGCGCCCAACAAGGUUGUCAUGGACAUCUUACGGCACCACGCAAUCGAGCAAAACAAGGUGGGGUCUCAUGAAUUCUUCAAGACGCCCAUCCAAACGGAGGGGAUCGAUCUCACGCCGCCCGAAACUUCCACUCGCACUGCGGUGGCCCGCUGGCUGAACAACCCCAGCAAAUAUUGGGGACCCAAGAAGAUGCAUCGGCAAGUCGCCACCUCACGCCCUCUGGAGGCGGAAACCCCGGCAGAUAACGCCAACAGCUAG